AUGCCUCUAAUGUCCGGGCGCAAGAGACGUGCGGAAGCCGUAGCGGAGGAAGAAUCAGACGCAGCCGCAUCUCCCGUGUCCUCUCCGGAACCAGCCACGCAACGUCGACGCCUCAGUCCCGAAGAUGAAGAUUAUGGCGACGGAAACAACGCUGCUGAGGACGGAAAUCUCCAGCAGCUGGUUAAGAAGAUGGUUCGGCUAGCGCUUGCUUGCGAAUACCAACGGCGACCUAUCCGACGUGCAGACAUCAGCGAGAAGGUGCUGGGAAAUGCAGGCAGCAGGAAGUUCAAAGAGAUGUUCAACGCAGCGCAGAUGGAGCUGCGAAGCGUCUUUGGCAUGGAGAUGAUGGAGCUGCCACAGAGGGAGAAAGUAACGGUCGCACAGAAGAGAGCCGCGCAAAAGUCCCAGUCACAGGCGAACAAACCCAUAGCUUCUUGGAUCCUAGUCUCUACACUUCCAGCCGACUUUCACGACCCUGCGAUCCUCCCGCCCCCGCGCGCCCCGACAUCGGACGAAGAGAGUCGCUACACGGCCAUUUACACCACCCUGGUCUCCCUCAUCAGUCUCUCCGGCGGCGCCCUCCCCGCUGCCAAAAUGGAACGAUAUCUACGUCGGCUGGAGAUAGAGGAUAACACGCCCGUUGCCGCCCAGCAAGCCACCGGGCAAGAGAAGACGGAGAAAUUGCUGAAGCGAAUGGAAAGGGAAGGCUACUUGAUCAGAGUGAAAGAGUCCACAGGCCAGGGCGACGAUGAUGUUUAUUGGACAGUGGGGCCAAGAGGCAAGGUGGAGAUUGGGGAAGACGGCGUGCGUGGGUUGACGAAAGCCGUGUAUGGCGAUUUGGACGAAGGCGCAGACGAGGAACUGGACAGGAAGAUUGCGAGGAGUCUUGGGCUCGGAGAUGCACCGCCUGCUGCUAGAGGGCAGAAUGCAGCACCGCAAAAGAAGAAAGGUCGAAGGAGGAAGGAUGCUGACGACGAUGAAGAGGACGAAGAUAGCGAUGCUGAUUGA